AUGAUCAGAAUCUACCUUCUUUGGGGACUUCUCUCUCAAGUGUGUAAGUGCAUGUCCUGAUCUCAAAUAGUAUUUUACUGAACAGUAAAAUUGAAAAUCGGUAAAGAAUAACACUAUCUUAUUGGAAUGUCAUAUCUAAAGGUAAUGAAAUAUAUUCAGUUUGGACAGCAAUGUGACCGAUAUAGCGUCAGGCAAUUUGAAUUGCAGUAGUUUGAUGACUUACUGCUAUGUUAUUCAUAGGCUGAACAUUGUCCAUUUCCAUUUCAAAUUGACAUCUGAUAACAUUCACAUUUUGGCAGACCUGAUUUAGACUGAAGAUGCUCCUCAACCAAUACCAGUGACUACACGUCUAUUUGGAGACACUGUAUCUUUGCCAUGUCCCAAAGCGGAAUCUCAACAAUUCCUGUACUGGUACAGACAAACUGUUGGCCAACUGCCCAAUCUUGUCGCUUCUGUAUCCUAUGGAUCAGAACCUGUACUUAAAGGAGAGUUUAAGAACCCACGUUUCAAAGUGGAGGAAUCUGAAUAUGUGUAUAAUCUCAUUAUCAGAAAUAUCAGCACAUUAGAUGAGGCAACAUACUUUUGUGGAAUGGGGACAAUAUAUGGGAUGAACUAUGGAAAUGCAACAUUUUUGGCUGUGAAAGGUAAUUUAAUUUAAAUUGUGUAUUUCAAUGUUCACCAAGUGUUUUUUGUAUAUUGCUAUUGUCGUAUCGGAUGAGUGGUGGCCAGUUAUUGCUGUCAACAAAGAGUCCGUUUAUGCUGCAUCGUGUUAGAGGCUUUUAUUAAAAUCACGAGGUUACAGCAUAAGUUACAGGUGACAUGACACCUGGAGAGUGACGCCUCAGAAUGGCUGCUCGUUCUGACUUUCUUCUUCGUUUUCCCCCCCUAUUUAUAACAAUGAUGCUCCCUCUUCUGGCCAAUCCCCAGUCUCCCCUGUCUACAACACACUUCCGGUCUGUGGUAUGUGACGUUACACUAAAACAUAUACUAACAUAAACAACAUUCCAUUUCUUCAUGAAAAACAUUUAACAAAGACAUAAUCUUCAUAUACGAUAUUCCCCCCUUCGAGACGAACAGUCUCGAAAACAAACAGAAUAGGAUUAUGACUAGUAACAAUUUAUCUUAUUGAGUAGGUUUAACAUUAAACCAAAAACAUUCUCCUCUAGAGUGUAAAUACCUUUCUAUGAAAUAUGAAUAACUGUUUAUGAAGUGUGAAUACAUCACUAUCUUUAUGAAUGUGAAUACCUUACUAUGCAACAUGAACAAUCUCUAUGGAGUGUAAAGCGACAACUUGGGGGGGGUCCGCAACCUUCCUCCUCAAUCAAGACAGUAAAUUCCUCUCACGUCCCUCUGCCCCAGGCAACCACCUUCGGUACUCCCAGAUAACCUCAUAAACCAUGUAAUGCAUUUGAAACUAUGAUGCAAUUAAAUACACAUGUAAGCCCCUGCAAACAAAAUCCUAUCCAAAAACAUCCACUUGUAAGGCUGGUCAACCCAUUGGACCGUACAGUGAACCUCUCCCUGCCUAGCCUCUCUGUCCCUAAACAUUCACGAAAUAAACAAAAACAUCUAAGAUCCUCACAUGUAUUCAAUAACAUCAAACAUCAUUCUACAAAAAUUAAUACCUAAGAAUAUGACACAAAUUAUGUAUUACACAUGUCUAUAUUUCAUUGCAGACACUGGAAUGUAGUCCACUACACUUCAUCUCCCCGUAGUCUCCUCUUCCAAUGGACUGUUGAUGAUGGAAUCAGCCACACCCUCCUUGUUUCAUCUCCUCCAGUCAUAUUGUCCCUUCAUAUUGUCCCUUCCUAUUGUCCUUGUUUGAGUCACAUGUUCCCCCAAAUGCUUCGGAAGAAAAGAAAAGAAACGACCAAACAGUAUCUUUUGCAAAACAACCCUUUCAAAUUAACCAUCAAUAUCCACUAAGAAUAUAAAAAUGAUAUAUAAAUGAUGUAUGAAUCACAUAAACCCAUUCCCCCCUUUGAUUCAUAAAUCAUACCAACAUCACCCUAAUAUUGAAAAAAAAUUGAAAAAUGAUCAAAUAAUCAAAAUGAUAUUUAUCCAUCAGUUCCACUUGUCCAUCUUUAUCCAGAUCAGGAACAGUCAACACCGGCAUCUGAGUGUUGUCUCCAGGCAUCACUCUCCAACCUAUCUCAAUAUCAUAGCUUUCUCAAAGAUCAGUAACAAAUUACAAACAUCACACAGUGUUAUCAAAGCUGCCAUUAAAUGUAACCCAUCACUGCCCCUACUGGCCUACCUGAUCUUGCAACCAAAUCUUCUCAGAUCUCCCAAACACAUCCCUUAUAUUCUUCAAUGCAUAUAUAACUAUCUGAACUAAAAGUAUAACUAUUAUCAUCAAUAGGAUCUUCCCAAAUGUUACCCCAUACCAUGGAAAAAGUCCCCCCUUCUCCCUUAGAUUCAUCCUUCAAUGAUAGGCUUGAAGGACUAUGACAUGUAGCCAUGUCUGUUUUCAUCCAAUUUCAAAUAUAGCUUCAGAUUUGUGUCCGGUGCUACCCCUCUUAUAAUGGUAAAAACUUCAUAUGGAAGCUUCAACGUUGACAUGUAACAACAUCCUGUCUAUCCAUAGGGUAAGAAUAUAUAUGCUUUAUCACCACAAACCCUCUAAAUAUCUCUAAAAUUCCCCAUAGUCACAUUGUCAGGCAAAAGCUAAUCUUUUAACCAUCAAAGUCCUGCUGUUCCUACUACCUGGAACAUAAAAAGUAACAUAUUUCUCAUUACUACCCUUAAGGUCAUGCUCCCCAAAGUUAUCAUAUAACAUCACAAUCUGAUAUUCCCAUAAACAUACCCCUUACCUCAUAUGUUUAUUAGAACAAAAACAACUUUUAACCCUCAAUGGUUACACCUCAAAUGCUUCAGUUACGCUGUUACCUGAUUUUACUUUACCAUCCAACAAAUUCACACAAGUUAAUUCACUUAACCCAAUAACACCUAAACCUAGGCUUAAACAAAUGUUUUGACAACGACAUUAUUUUAUCUGUUACUGAUUGUUGCUGAUACCACAGUCAUGACAACGCAUAAGAUUGACACAUACUUGAUAGAGGUCGAACGACCGUCUCUAACAUGUUUGACUGGAAUUCUAACCAGACAUGGACCCUCAAGAUUCCUCCCUGAUCUUACAGAAUGAGCUGCUGGAACCAAAGAUUCCUACCUGCCAUCUAUCUCUAAUUUUCACAACAGAAGAAUCAAACUACAUGCAUAUAGUUUCUCUCUUCCCUAACGAGCGGUACUGAUCAGAUACCUCUCCUUGUCUGUCAUUAAAAUCAAAGACCUCAUCCUGUCCUCCAUGAUAAAUCUAUAUUCUCUCUACUACUAUCUGUUCUCCUAUUUUAACCCUAUUCGUCUUGCUACCCCCCCUUUAAUUUCAGAAAAGUUGUCGGUGUCAUACUUCCUACAUUUGCUUAUUGCCAUCGUAUCAUUAAUCCCUUCCAAAGUUACCAUUAAAGUAGUUGAUGUAUUAACCUUAAUGACUUCUAGUGCGAAAGUUCCCGUUAUCCUCUGUGUAUUAUCUACUGUUGGAGUGGCUACUGUAACCUACUCCUCCUGAACUCCCUCAAUGACUGUGGAGGCUACAACAGACCUCAACUCUUCCAUCAUAAGCGUUACUUUAUGAAUUACAUAGCCUUUUAACCAAUAAUUCUUAACCGGAACAAAUUCUAAUGCUUGCACUAGAUAAGUACACAUAUAUUCUCCCUGACCUUUCUCUGUAACAUUACGCCAAAUAAGUGAACAGUCACUCCUAACCUCUUCCACUUCAUAUCGUUGUACAAACUAUCCCUCCUUUGACUAGGGGACACCGCUUCUACAUCUGGUCCUGAUAACAAUACUUAUUCUCCAUAAUUAUCUCUCCAUAUGGGAGGAACGUCCCCAUCCUAACCCUAAUAAGUAUUCUUUCCCCUAAAAUUGGUACUGGAGCUAUUGGUUCCCUUAUAAUCAAAUGCGAUAUAUUUAUGGCUUUAAUAACUAUCAAUGUUGAAAGAGUUAAAUUGCUUCUCACUGUUGUUUUAAUAGACUGAAGUGUUAAUGUCCUUAUUGUUGCUUCAUCCAUUUUCCCCAAAGAAAAGUUGUCUUUGCUUGUACUUCCAUCUAUCACCACUAGUGUCACUUUUUCCCCACUCUCAGUCCUUUCUCUAAUCCCUGACUUUCAAACUUUUGAUUAUAAAAAUACACCUAUAAUUACCUUGAUCUUCCUACUCUAAGAUGUCCUUCACCACUGUUCUCUCUCUUACUACUAACUUUGAAACUUAGCUUACUGUCUUAGAGUUCCUUCCACCUAGUCCUCCUAACGUAUUUUAAUCUAAUCUUUUCUCUCAUAACCUUUAAAAACCUUUUCCACUGAUUUAUUCACAAAAUCCCUUUACCACCAAAUUUUAGAAUACGUGAUUGAGAAAGUUCCCCACCUGCUUCUGACUUUUUUACACAGACUUGGCAAAACGACUAAACACCUUUUAGCCUAGCCUGAAAUCUCUUAGUGUAAGAAUGUAACCCAGAAUAAACAAUGCAUCUCUUUCCAAUACUGCAAUAACAGUAUCUUCUAAUAUUAGUAUCUUAAGAGUAAUUAACUGUUUUACUACCUCAAAUCCCUAUCCUAAUUAGUUAAUUUUACAUAGUGAGAUGUUUAACCUCUUUAGGCUGAACCCAGAUAAGUUUUUACACUAUUCACUAUCACUUCUAAUGGUCGGUUUUUACUUCAAUUGUUAGCUAUUUUCUCUUCUUCUCUAAUCGAUGCUCUCAGCUGACACCCCCCUUCCGGAUCUUCUAGGCACUAACAGGUGAUCUUCACUUGCUCCUUUAUCUUCCUCUGUUGUUUUCUCCUGACGCAUUUCCAUCACAGGUAAAGUACCCAAUCUGUCCACAAUUAUAACAGUCUUCUGAAAGUUGCUGGAAGUGUAGCUGAAAUCUUCCUCCUUCUUCUAAAUCUUCUCGUCCUCUUCCUCUCCAAUUCUGUGUCUGUCCAGAAACUGGCUGUGGAUAUGGAACAUCUGGUACCCCCCUUGGCUGGUACAAUUGCAUUUGAUAUUGUUCAGUUGAAGCUGUAACAGUGAUUGUUGAUUUGGUUCAUUCUGAUUCUUCAUAACCAAAGCUUCUCUUCUCCACCAGUUGUAUGAUUGAGUUUUCUCAGAGUUUCUUCGUCCUGUUCUUUGUUGUUCUCCAAUUCUUGGGAUCCUCUCAGCAGUUUCUCCUCUUCUGUAUCUUCAGCUGUGUUACUUCUUCUAAACUAUUUGCUUUAUCCAGGCAUGAUAAACAUCGGUCUAUAUAUCUAUUUCUUCUUUGCUAGUCAUUGUAGGAUAAAAUCCUCUUGAACAUAAAGCACCUUUAAUCUCCAAAUCUUCAUCGCUUUCUUCAUCUUUGCUUUCAUCAGAGAUCAAAUCUCGUGUAUCCUUCUUCCUUCAACUUCCAUCAGAGAUCAAAUCUCUAGUAUCCUUCUUCUUUCCUCUCUUGCCAACUUCCUUCUGAUCACAGAGUCAUCUCCACCCAUGACCUCUUCAUCAUCACUCAUCUUCAUCAUCCUCAUCUUCUUUAAGUUCCAUCCUCCUUAACCUCCCUCUUUUCUUCCAGACAUCACAUUUUCACCCUUCUGGAGUUUUGGAUUCAUCUUCAUCGUCGUUUCUGCUUGUCCUCUAUCUAUUAUUCAUCUUCAUCUCUUAUGCAACAAUCACCCUCCUGGAUGAUCACCGGAAGCUGAGGAUAAACAUCCCUAAGCUCUACUUUUUGCUGAAUCCGUAUGUGAGAAAGGUGUACUAACUUCUGCCAUUAGUUUCUCCUAACACUACUUUCGUUAAAGGAUUACUAUUUUUCCCCUAUAUCAACCCUUUUAUAUUCCUUUAUUGUGAAUUAUUUUAUAUUAGCCUAUAUAGCCUAUGGCUUCCCCACUGUAAUUUUUUUUUUUUAAUAAAUCAAUUAAAAAUCAUGAAUAAUUAAAACCAAUUUGUAUUCCUAUAUCACCAAUUUAUCAAUUAGUGUUGGCUAUCUUACCACAACCCAUCAAAUGCAAGUAAAUGUAAGUUAGUCAACUUCAAAGCAAUCCCAAAAACAAAGCCUCUAACCCUUCAAUACUACAAUUCCCAUAAACCCCCUUGCUCUAUAGGCACCUAAUUAUCUUAAAUUUACAGAAUAAUGUCAGUCCUUGAUUCCCAACACAACUCCCAUCAAACCCCAGUGAUACAGAGCCUCCAAAAUGAAAUUUUUAAUGAAUCAUUUGCCAAGCCUAUGUAAAAUUGUCAUAACAUCACAUAUUUUGUUAGGAUGAUUUUGUGAACUAGCCUGAUCUGAUCCUCUGCCGCGUCACACCUUGUCACGUGACGCACGUCAGUCACACGUUAGCCCCUCCUCUCUCCUGUCGUAUCGUAUUGCUCCUCUCAUAUGACAGAAAAACAGAGACACAGAAUCACAUUUUAGUAGUUAAUGCAAUCACUGAGUUAUUUCAACCAUAUUCAAUAUUCCUUCGUUCACCCAUUAUUCACUCUAAGAUUAACCUCAGAACUAAAUAGAUCGCUCAAAAACAUUUUUAUUUUAUUUUAAUCCGUCAUUUAAUUUAAUUCAUUAUACUCCGUCAACAUAUAUUUAAUUUAUAAAUUCAAUAGGUCACAAAACAAGUUUCAUCUUUAACCAACCGCAGUUUAAACUAGAAUACUCGUGUUAAAAUCUCUCCUCUUUGUCUGUGUCCAUUUCUCUGUCUCCCCCAUGCAGCCCCCAGAUGGGACCUAUGACCUUUACCCAUAAUGCAGUGUUUUGUAGGCUUAGCACAACCGCAUGUCGUAGUUUUAGUGCCGUAAACCAAAACGUGUCCUAAUCUCGUGUCAUAAACUCCCCCUUUCUGUAGUGUAGUGUCGCAAAAUCAUGCACAUGCGCACAGCCAUUCAAAAAUACCUUUUCACCGUGGAAGGAAGAUUUUCUACUCCCUCCCCAAACAGACAGAAUAACAGUCCAGCUGUACCUCCCGUUUCCCCCUUAUAGUCAAACAACAUUUAACAGCGCUCACAAAACAUAUAACCUGACUUACACACAGAGACAAGUUUAAGAGACUUUAAUCCAUCGCAAUGGGGUCUCUAAGGAUAUCCAUUAGCAUGUAGCACGCAACACAAUUAGCAUUAGCAUUAGCCGCCAUGUACCAUGUAGCAUGAAACACACUCCCAUUUAGCAUUAACAUUAGCCUUAGCCUUUAGCUAACUGCGGCCUACCAUACAAAUAAAUAUCCUGCACUGCCCUUAUUCCCUUUAAACAUAUUUAUCCUACCGUUUUUGCUACCGUGACUUAAUGACCAUUACACCGAGAAAUCAAACCCAAUCAAACAUCCCGUCGGACGAGAGUCGAAUCAUAAUCACAAUCAGAUAAACCCCAUUAAUCAGAGUUUUCCCUUUUAAAAAACCCACCGUCUGCCCAUUCUAUCGUUCAAACGGAUUUGCCGGCCCAACAUCUAAAAUGGCCCCCCCUGGAGGUCUUAAAGCGGUACAGUGCCCUAAAGAAUGCGCAUAUCUGCCUUAAUUGUACACUUCAAUACUUAAUUCCUACCGUUUAAUGCUCUAAAUUUCCCAUUGCCUGCCGUUACCAAUGGAAUAUAUUUUAACAGACUCUAGUCAACAGCAAUAACGCCACCCGAGGCAAGGUCGUAAUGGUACAUCUCUCCAGUGUACACAAGUCGUAUCCAAUCUAACAAACUCCAAAGCGGUAAGGAAAACUUACCCUUAUCUGGCCAUGCUUCAAAGCGAGUUAGCUUGGCGGUUGACUGAAACAAAGAAGAGGCGCAGACCAGUCCCAUCUGGGGUGCCAUUAUGUCGUAUCGGAUGAGUGGUGGCCAGUUAUUGCUGUCAACAAAGAGUCCAUUUAUGCUGCAUCGUGUUAGAGGCUUUUAUUAAAAUCACGAGGUUACAGCAUAAGUUACAGGUGACAUGACACCCGGAGAGUGACGCCUCAGAAUGGCUGCUCGUUCUGACUUUCUUCUUCGUUUUCCCCCCUAUUUAUAACAAUGAUGCUCCCUCUUCUGGCCAAUCCCCAGUCUCCCCUGUCUACAACACACUUCCGGUCUGUGGUAUGUGACGUUACACAAAACAUAUACUAACAUAAACAACAUUCCAUUUCUUCAUGAAAAACAUUUAACAAAGACAUAAUCUUCAUAUACGAUACUAUACAUACAGUAGAUGCACACUGCCAUGUGUUGUAGAUGUUCAGAAAAAUUAUAGACAAUCUGGCUGCAGUAUGCAUAGAAAGUGGAUAUUCAUGGAUGCGUGUCAUAAUGGUGAAAUAUAAAGACAACUUGUCAUUUUUGCAGACAGGUUUUUGAAAUGACAACGUAGCAAAAGAGUGUAGAAACGGCAGCUAACUAACUUUUACUGUAAACAACUCUUAAGCUGGCUAGCUAAGCAUUUUGGCUGACUGUGGGGCGAAUAAAUUAGAACAAUUACUGACAAAUAAAUAAAAUGUUUACAGGUAAUUAGCAACCGCACAACUAUUUUCGAACAAACAAAAUGCUGUUUCCAAAACUGCCAUGUGCCUAAAGGAAUGUUUACCAUUUAAAAUUCUAUGACGUCUCAACUUUACAAGCUUAUGAAUAAUUAUUUUCUCAAUACAAUUACACAAUAUAGGACACAAUCACCUUUCAUUGGUGCAGCGACCAGUUUCCGCCCCAGUCCAUCCAGGAGACUAUGUGACUCUACAGUGUACAGUACUCUCUGAGACCUGUACAGGAGAACACAGUGUGUACUGGUUCAGAGCCGGAUCAGGGGAAUCCCAUCCAGGAGUCAUUUACACCCCUGGGAACAGGAGAGAUGAGUGUGAGAAAAGCCCUGUGACUCCCUCUCCUACAAAGAGCUGUGUCUACAGCCUCUCCAAGAACAACCUCAGUCUCUCUGAUGCUGGGACUUACUACUGUGCUGUGGCCACAUGUGGGGAGAUCCUGUUUGGCAACGGAACAAACCUGAAUAUU